CCCGCAGAUGAAAUCAUGCACCAGGACGUGACCCCGCUGUGCGCGGCCGACAUCCAGGACCAGCUGAAGAAGCGUUUCGCGUACCUGUCAGGUGAGCCCGGCGCCGCGGGAGGGCAGCUCGAGUGCAGCCUGCAGGAUGCGGGUGUCGGGUUCAUCCUGGUCAUAGACCGGAGGCAGGACAGGUGGACCUCGGUGAAGGCGUCCAUCCUGAGGAUCGCGGCCAUCGAGAGCUUCGCGCUCCUGGUCAAGCACACGGCCCAGACGCUGCAGUGCUUCGGGACCGAGCUGGCCGAGACGGAGCUGCCCAACGACGUCCAGUCCACGAGCGCGGUGCUGAGCGCCCACACGGAGAAGAAGGCCAAGGCCAAGGAGGACAUGAAGCUGGCGCUGGGUGAGGGCCAGAGCCUCCUGGACAGCAUCAGGGAGCCCCUGGCCAAGAGCACCGAGCGCAGCCUGAACCAGGACCAGCUGGACAACGAGACCACUGUGCAGAGAGUCAAGACGGGGCUGCUGGCCACGCAGGCGGCCACAGUCGGCUUCACUGGACCCAGGCUGCGCUUGGCUGUGCGCACGCCGGGCAGGGCCCCGCGGGGCCAGGGCCCUGGUCCGUGGCAUGAGCCGGCCACUGUGGUGCUGGCUGGGCCUCGUGGGGGUGGGGGCGGGCGCCGCCUGACAGCUGUGCGCCCCAGGCACGUCAUGACAGAACUCCUGGACACGGAACGCGUCUAUGUGGACGAGCUGCUGUGUGUGCUGGAGGGUUACGCGGCCGAGAUGGACAGCCCGCUGAUGGCACACCUGCUGGCGGCCGGCCUCCAGGGCAAGAAGGACGUGCUCUUCGGGAACAUGGAGGAGAUCUACCACUUCCACCACCGGAUAUUCCUGAGGGAGCUGGAGAACUACCUGGACUGCCCAGAGCUGGUGGGCAGGUGCUUCCUGGACAGGGUGUGUACCUCCUCGCCGGCCGGCGCGGGCCGCCCCCUGGCGGGCUGGUGGGCUGAGAUGCUCAAGUACAGCAAGAGCUGCGAGGGCGCGGAGGACCUGCAGGAGGCCCUGAGCUCCAUCCUGGGCAUCCUCAAGGCUGUCAACGACUCCAUGCACCUCAUCGCCAUCACGGGCUACGACGUGAGCGCCAGGGGGGCCCCGCCGGCUCCCGGCCCCGCCCCGCAGCCCGCGCGCUUCCCGCCACCUGCGCCGACGCCGGAGGUCAAAGCGGCCUGGGUGAGGGAGAUCCGGAAGGUGCUGACCAGCCAGCUGCAGGCCUGCAGGGAGGCCAGCCAGCACCGGGCCCUGGAGCAGUCCCAGAGCCUGCCCCUGCCCGCCGUGCCCAGCACCAGUCCCCCGAAAGGAAACACGAGAAACAGCAAAAAGUUGGAAGAAAGAAAAACUGAACCUCUGAGUCUGGAAGGAUAUGGGGGCUCGACAUCCGGGCCUAAGCCCCCCGACAAGGGCAAAGACGCGGCGGUCACCAGCUCGGCCUCCGAGAGCUCGGCGCUUUCCAGAAAGCUCUCUGCGCGGCAGGGCCUGGCACCCCCCGCGGGGCUCCCGGCGCCUCCCUCCGGCCCCGACAGAAAGGCCAAGCGGCAGGAAGUAAAGAGCGACCCCACCCCCUUUGGUCUGCGAGGUGGGCGGCGAGCCGGGCCGCCCGCACCCCAGGCCGAGGCCCAUCGGCGGGGCGGGGCGCACCAGCGUCCCUCAGGAGGGCGCUGCGCUGUCCACCUCCCUGCCCUGGGGACGGGACAAAGCCGCCAGGACCCCACUCGCGUUCGAGGGGGCGCGGCCAGGGUGGGGUUGCUCCAGGUCGUCUCCUUCUGCGUCCUGCGGGGUGGGGGGACUGGACCCGGCAGCAGGCCAGGGGUCUGCGCGCACAGGGCCUCACUGGCCGCCUUUGGGUCGCCACACCCUGAGAAGGGCCGGAGCGGCCUCUGCCCAUGGGCCAUGGGGCCAGGCUCUGCGCGCUGCCCUCUCCAGGAGCAGGGAGCCGUGGCCGCCCGGCGCCGCCUGGGGGAGGACGGCCGCCUGCAACUUGCGUCGCGUGGCUUCUUCAUUCACAUCAGCGCCACGCUACAGGCGGACGGCAGUCGGGAGCCUGGGUCUGCGCCCAGCAGCAGCCUGACGCGCUCCCCCGCCCAGGCUCCCGGGAAGUACACGGUCUUGAGCCCCGACAACCAGGGAGGCCCCGAGGUGCUGGCGGUGCGGAGCGGGGACUUGGUGGAGGUGAUGCAGGAGGGCGACCAGGGCCUCUGGUGA